AUGACUGAACUAGAUGUCAGAUUGUCUGCGGCCACUGCUCAGGACACGGGUUCUUUCAGGCUUUUGGAGCUUCCUCCAGAGCUGUGCCAAAUAAUUGAAUCUGCCUCUGAGAAAACUGCUAGCCUCUUCAUCAAAGGGCACCCCACUGAGGAUGCGGUACUAUGUACAUUAGAAAGGACAUAUGCUGUCCGUUCCGUCGUGCUGUCCAAUACUGUGCUAGUUGUGACACCCUCCAGAUCGGAUCCAGAUGGGACCGUGCACAUCCGAGAUCAAUUGCAUGAAAUCUUGGAGCUGGUGCCUAUGGUACCGAAACUGCACAAGCUUUCUAUUUUGCUGAGGGGCAUGGAAUAUGAUGAAGGAGAUGAAGAUAGGCAGGUGGGCCAGCAUGCAGUGCAACCAUGCCAAAAUACAGCUAUGAGCAGGCUCGUAACGAAAUACAGGCCUAGCGAUGCUGAGUUUUUCCGCGGUUUGAAAGAGAGACGCAUUCUCGUCCUUGAAGGGCAGCUACGGCCUAUAGCUCCAGCGCAUCUUAGCACUAUUCUCGAACUGCUGUUGAACUACUUGAUAUCCUUGUCCCUCUCACACCAAGCUGCUGCGGUCGAGGAGCUAGUGUCUGUACUUGCUGAUGAACAUGAAAUACCCCGCGCAGUAUCGAACCAAGUCAUCUCCUGGUUUGGGGAUGUACACGAAGGCCUGUGGAAAAUGGACGCAGAUGCGGUGAUCAGAGAGCUUGGAGUAGGAAUUCUCCGCCAUCAUAGGCAUAACCCUAUUUCUGAGAACGAAUUUCUCAAGAAAUGGAAAAACGUGGUAGGGGACACUUUCGAGUCUUCUGUGAAGCUAUCCCUUCUUUCGGAAGCAACCUUGACCUACUUUCCAUCUUCCGCAUUGCCGAUUGACCCAGCCGCAAGAUUCGUCGAGCUAUUUCUGACUCGCCAACGAUGGAAACAUGAGGAGAUCGAGCAUUUCUUACUUGACAUUGCCGUUAACUCCAAGGAAAGAGACAAACUACUGCUCAAACAUGCCAGAGCUCUGACUAAUAGCGAGGGAGUAUGGUACACUGCGAGAGUAAGCUACAACAACUGA